AUGGAAGAAAAUGCUUCAGCUUCCUCACCGAAUCCACAGUUUUUCCAGCCUCUUCUUCCUGGAUUCCACAGCCACCUAAGCAUUCCCAUUGAGUUCUUCUCAAAGCACAUAAAGGGAACAACAAACGAGGGCUAUGCGGUGGUAAAGCUGAGAUCAGACGCUUCUGAUAUAACCUGGGAAGUGAAGUUGGACGGUCGGAGACUCACCCAAGGCUGGCAAAAUUUCGCCACCAGUCAUGAUCUCCGAGUCGGUGACGUAGUCGUUUUCAGACAUGACGGAGAUUCAUUGUUCCAUGUCACAUGUCUUGGACCCAGUUGCUGUGAGAUUCAAUAUCAAGAUGUUGCUGAUGAUGUCAUUCAAACAUCCUCUGAUUCUUAUUUCAAAGUUGAAACAGAUUCAGAUUCGGAGAAGUAUCAACAGACAAGAGAAGAAGGUUCUUCAUCGGAUGAGUCUUGUUUUGUAGCUCGUGUCACCGAGUCAAAUCUAAGAAAAGAUGCAAUGGUGUGA